AUGCCUAGCAAUGAGAUUGUCAAGAAUAUUUCGUCAACGGUCUUACCUAAAUCAAAGCUACACUGCCAUCCUGAGAAAUUUUACGAAUGUGAAAUAUGUGGGGAACAUUUUAAUCGUGCAUCAAGUCUUGGAAUACAUAUGAAAUCACAUGAAUGUCAUAUUUGUGGAAUGUCAUUUGGACUUUAUCGCACUCUCAAAAUUCAUCUUACAGUUCACACAGCUAAAAAAACACAUAAAUGUGAAAUAUGUAGGAAGCGUUUUAUAAGGAAGGUUGCUCUGAAAACUCACAUGCAAAAGCAUAUAAAACGAAAGCAAAAGAGACAGAAGAAAGUUAGAGAAGUAUCAGUGGAAAUGAAUACAGUAUCCAGUGGAGUACUUCCUACAAACCAAAGUUCCCGGACACUUGAGACUCGCAAUGAUAACAAACCUUAUCAAUGCAACAUUUGCAAGUUUUCUUUUGAUUACUUUGUUGAUCUUAAGACACAUUGUGUAAUAAACGGUCAUUUACUUUGUAAAGAAAUGUUUACUAUGGCCAGUUCUUCAAGAAAUGAUGUUUCAAGCAGUAAACAUGGAAAUCCAUCUGUUGGCAUUCCACCAGUCAACGCAGCUGAAAACUCUAGUAAAAUGCUUCCACAAAAAAUUGUUAAAAAAGAGGACAAAUUAAAUUUUGAAAAUCCUUUUUUAUUUAUGACUCCUGAAGAAAACAAUUUGGAAAAUUUUAUAAAACCGCUAAUUGGUAAAGUGAGACGCUAUGCCUGUCUGAUUUGUGGAAAAACAGCGAAACGAAUGUCAACUAUGAAAAUGCACAUUAUGGUACACUCGCAUAAAAAACCACACAAAUGUGAUAUUUGUGGAAAAUCAUUUGGACUUAUUCAGAACCUUAAUCGACAUACGCUGACUCAUUCAAAUCAAGAGGAACUCAGAUGUGAUGUAUGCAAAAAAGAUUUCACACAAAGAAAAGACUUAACAGAUCAUAUAAGGGAAUAUCAUCGGUUUAGCGGCCAUAUUAAUAAACCUGGCGAUACACAGCAAUUUGAAACAAAACAAGCUGAUGAGUCAUCGAAUUUCAAAGUUGCACCAAAACAAAAUCCUGUCAUAAUUAAAGAAGAAAUACCUGAAUUUACAGAACUAAACGAAGCCAGCGGUCUUGAGUUAACAUGCAAUGGAAAGCCAUAUGAAUGUGAUGUAUGUGGGGAGACAUUUACUUUGGCAGCAUCACUGCAUCUACACACUUUACUCCAUAACAAUAACCAUAUAUACAUUUGCCGUGUGUGUGGUAAAACAUUUUUGCAAAUGUGUGAUCUCAAACAACAUUCUAUAUUGCAUCAUUCCAAUAGAAAAUCAUAG